UGUGUCAUGUGUGUUUGGGAAGUGGGAGGUUUUGUGGGAAAGAAUAGUAUUUGAGCUAUCACUGAGAUGAGCAGUCGGAGAAUUGUAGUUUUAAAUACUUCCGAACUACACUUUUCAUAACAACAUGGAAAAACUUUUUGACGGAGGUGGGGCUUGUCGAAUGGUUUUCAUAGAGCGAGUUCUAAUUUUGUUUUUAAACAGAAACAAGUGUUCUGGUAUCUUAGGAGAAUGAUCUUCAUUAGAGUCUCUUCUUUCUACAGAAAUAGAAAGGUGGUUGAUUAUUCACAGUUUCAGGAAUCUGAUGAUGCUGAUGAAGAUUAUGGAAGAGAUUCAGGCCCUCCAGCUAAGAAAAUUCGGUCAUCUCCCCGAGAAGCUAAAAAUAAGAGGCGAUCUGGAAAGAAUUCACAGGAAGAUAGUGAGGACUCCGAAGAGAAAGAUGUGAAGACCAAGAAGGAGGAUUCUCACUCAGCAGAGGACAGUGAAGAUGAAAAAGAAGAUCAUAAAAAUGUGCGCCAGCAACGGCAGGCAGCCUCUAAAGCAGCUUCCAAACAGAGAGAGAUGCUCAUGGAGGACGUGGGCAGCGAAGAAGAACAAGAAGAGGAAGAUGAGGCGCCGUUCCAAGAGAAUUCCGGCAGCGAUGAAGAUUUCCUCAUGGAAGAUGAUGAUGAUAGUGACUAUGGCAGUUCAAAAAAGAAAAACAAAAAGAUGGUUAAGAAGUCCAAACCUGAGAGAAAAGAAAAGAAAAUGCCCAAACCCAGGCUAAAGGCUACAGUGACUCCAAGCCCUGUGAAAGGCAAAGGGAAGGUGGGUCGCCCCACAGCUUCGAAGGCAUCAAAGGAAAAGACUCCUUCUCCCAAAGAAGAAGACGAGGAACCAGAAAGCCCUCCAGAAAAGAAACCCUCUGCCAGCCCUCCACCUGAGAAAUCUGGGGAUGAAGGGUCUGAAGAUGAAGCCCAGUCUGGGGAGGAUUAAAAAAGUGAUGAUGGUUUGGGGAGAGAUUUUAUUAAAAAAAAAGAGAAAAAAAAAAGAGAAAAAAGAAAAAGGGGGAAAAAAAAACUUACUUAAGAUAGAACAUGGUUUUGGCUAUGGCUUGACUCAUGGGCUUUCAAUGCUUUUUCCCUUUUCUUGAAAAUAACAUUCUCUGUCUUUCUCUCUCUCUCUCUCUCUCUCUCUCUCUCUUUUCCAAGAAAACCAUUGUAUGUUUAAUUUACUUUUUUGUCUUUUGGUCUUUUCUUUGCCGUCACCCCUCUUUCCCACCCCUUCCCAAUGAAAGCCAUGUCAAAGUAAUCACUGGAUUGACUGCUUCAUCUUUUUAUUUUUAAUGGAAGGUACACCGCAGUUGUAAAGCAAUAAGAUUUGAGGUGAACGCUAUGGAAAUUUUGCUUUUUGCUAAACGGUAGCAAGUUGAACCCUAAUCAAAAAACAUAGAAGGGGUUUAGUUAAAAAUGAUUGCUUCUGUCUCUACCUGGACUUAAAAAAAUCAGUUGUCAUCUAAUACAAGUUUAUAUGUCUAUAUACACAAGUAUAGAUGUCUACAAAAAAUCAUGAUGUUACACUUCCACUGAUGGGGCAGGUAGGAGAUAAAGCUGAAUGCUGAAUUCUGAAUUGUUACUACAAGUAUUCAUAUUUUUUACCGAGGGAGCAGGGCAGGGAAUGGGGUCACCUGAUCUUGUGUGAGGGGGUGGGUUUGUUUUGUUUUGUUUUGUUUUUUUUAAUUCCGUCACCUGUUAUCUCAAAGAGACCGGGAGCCAGUGAUCCUUUUACCCUGCUACAGUCUUUCGGGAACUUUAAAAAAAAAAAAAAAAAAAGCAAACAAAAAAACACAAGGGCCACCAAAACUUAAGUCACUCUUGAUUUCCUAUUUCAUUCUCUAGUGGUUCAUGUUUUUAAAUAUAUAUGUAUCUAUUCUGUUUCUUGGAUAAAAUUUUACCAAGGAUCAAAAAAACCCCACCAAAAACAAAAACAAACCUAGAAUUUAAAUGGCAAGAUCUAUACACCAGAGUGGAUUUCUUCUUAACUGACAAUGUUUAGGUUUUAAGCAAAUAAAGUACCAAUUAAUGUGAAACUCAAUCACAGAGACUUGAGAUUUUUCCUUUAUGAAAACCGAAAAUUGAAAUUCUUUUAUGCCGUAAGUGUGCAUUCAGAUCCCAUGAACCAUGCUCUGUUUUUAUUUGGGGAAAGAACAUUUUUCUCUUCACACACCUGUCUUCCCAUUUCUCCGCAGACACAUGAAGCGCAUCUCUGGGCUUCCCGCUACUACGUGGGGCACCACUGCUUCCCCGCCCGAGAGCCUACCAGCUCUGAUUUCUCCUGGCUCCUUUCUUCACCUCAUAUUCCCUGCUUGAUUGGGAGUCUGUUAAAUGCUGCUCCCACACUCUUUGAUUUGCUUUUGUCUUUCUGCUGGUGCCCCUUUUGUGUAAAGCCAAAGUGGAAGGGGCUCAGGGCUAGAGAAACCAUGUGUUUAGGAGGCCUGUGUGCACCGAGAAUAGACUUUACAUGCCUUAUGAAAGCAGUCAGGACAGGGGUCUGUAGGUUGGAUCCUCUGCAUCCUGAUACCAUGAGCUAAAGGGAGCGAGGUUUAGGGGUCUUAGUGUGCUACUAAGUUGAAAACAUGGUUGAGGUUUAACCUCUGCCUUCUUAUCUAGGUUUGCUGCUUCGAUAUAUCCUAUGCGGUUUUCCUUCGAUCUUUUAAGUUAGAGCAUGUUUUUCUCUCAGACGACAUGGCUUUCUUGCAGAUGUUCCUAGGACAAAAGGUUAUUUAAGGAAUAUUUUUACUCUGAUUUUUAAGACACUUUAAGGACUAUCCUUCCUCUGUGACUUUUUAAAAUAGCACCCAGUGGCAGAGUCCUCUCACUGCCGGGCACUGCGUGUGUUAAAGAAUGGAUUUGGAGAUUUUAGUACUUGGCCAAAAAUGCAAAACUUGAACCCAAGUAGCAGUUGGAUUAUUAUCUUCCAUGAUGGUUAACUUUAUAGUUGUGAACUUUGUAAAGAGGGUGUUAAAGAUUAUUCUGUUUGGUUUAGUGGGUUUGUUCAGGUAGCCAAUUUUAACAAGAAGGUUUGUGUUCAUACCGUAAAAGACCUAUCAGUGUUUCCACCAUGCACUUCUGUUUUUAGGGGUUUAUAACUUUAAGUCCUACAUUCCUAGUAACAUUUGGACUUUUCUUAGGUUAUGUUUCGUGAAGAUUGGGGUGCGGGGGGGGUCUUUCAAAACUUUAGCCUCUGUAUUUUAUGUAACACAGUCUCUUUAUAUAUUAAUCUGCACUAACAUCUCUGUGAUAUACGCUCAUUCUUUAGAGGUAAUCCUGACUUCUAGGUUAUUUGUGUGCAUUUGGUUGGGAUCCCUUUUUUAAAAAUUAAUUGAUGAGAUUGAAAAUGUCUUCUAUAUUUCUAAUGGACUAGACAAAAGGAUCUGUGUCCCCAAGUGAGACAGGCUCUGAAUGACCUUUGUUUUCUCCGCUUUUUAUCGAUGAUUUGAAAAUGCUCUAGUCCUCCCUUCAAAUCAUGCAUGCAUAUAGGAGGACGACUGUGGUGGCUCAACUGGAAACAGGUGCUCAAUAGUCAGGUUUGAUAGCGAUGUCAGGACAAGCUAGAAGCUGUUAGUGACUGGCCGUUGGCACCACCCUUGACUAACCCCCUGUGUUUCCCUCUAGCGCGCCUGUGGCGAAGUGGCCGUGGCGUCGUUCAGGGUCUCGUUUGCAGUGCUCAGGAAGUGGGACGUACACUUGGAAGGUGCUUGUUUGCCAUUACCUGAAUUCUGUUCGCUCUGUUAGGUUUACCUCUGGAGCAUGGAUUUCGGCAGCUGUGCUGACACUACAUUCUAGUUCUUAAGACCCCUAAUUUCCAGACUUCCCUCCCCGACAGACACAGCUAGAAAUGGGCGGCUUCCAUCUUCUUAAACCCGUGACGUGCUGCUGUUUUCAUCCCUCCCCACCUCAGAUUGGAAUCAAUGGAGCGGGCCCAGAGAUGACACUUCGGUUUCGGUGAUGGUAGAUUUGUCCUGCUUUUUGAAAGCUCUCUCCCUUUCAUAUCCCCACUGCCGGUGGAGUCCAUGAAGUGAAAUGAGUGGGUGUGUCCUCCUUUAGGGAGGUAACAGUGGAAGACUUAAUCCGAUUUCCCACAAGGGAGCUUGGAUACUGAUUUUUUUUUGUUUGUUUGUUUUGUUUUUUCACAGUACCUGGUUUGCCCCAUUUCAGUCUUCAGUUCAGUACUUCCUCUUGGCACUGGUUGAAAUAGCAUUUUCUUACAGGUAGCUAAUGAAGAGUGGAAUUUGAGGUUAUGAUCCAGCAGAGUUUUGACGCUUCUGGAAAUGGUCAGCCAGACUGAACUUGAGCUUUUUUUUUUUUUUUUUUUAAACUUUUCUUCUUUUAUCCAGGAACAUUCAAGUAACAGGUGGAUAUUAAGGGUACUGGUUGGAAGAAGGAACUGCUUUUCUCCAAACCAGUUUAGGAGAUGCUUUGAGAGUAGUAGUAAGGCAAGAACAGAAUCUACCAGGAGCAACAGGGAAAGCUUUAUAAAAGAUCAUGUGGCCAUUGUUGUUCUAAAGAGUGGGAGUUUUGAUUUGAAUAGUUCUUUCUGUUCCUGCAUCGCCAGUAGCUGCACUGUGAAGAAACUGUCACCUUAGGCAUUUGGGAAGGACAGAACCUGGCCUCUGGUCUUUCAUGGCAUUCAGACAGAUACUUAAGAGGAACAAGUAAUAAAUGUUCCCUGCCAAGGGAGGGGGAGAAUAAAACAAGCCGUAUGCUCUUGAGGUUAGAAAAUUUGUCUUUUCCUGUGUUCCUAGAGCUGGGUUUAUUUGAAAGGGGAGUUAGCUUGAAUAUUGGGACAUCAGGCUACCUAUAGCAAAGUUUUAGUCUGCAACCUAUUUUCCCCUCGUCUUGGGAUAAACUUGAUACAAAAUGACUUUCUGAAUCCCAAAUCGCUAAGUUAACACUUUUUUUCAAAGCCUAAUUCACAAAAUUCACAGUGGUGCUGACUGUGUAUUAACCACUAUUGGGAAGAGUCCUGUAAACCUGCCUGUUGCCAUGCCAAUGGAGUGCGUGAGCGGGUGACAUCUGUUUGAGCAUGCUUUGUGUGGCUGGUGGAAUGCCACCAUUGUGCAUACACUUUGUACAUCAGGGGUGAAGGGAGGGUUUUCUAGAUUAUGGGGGGAGGGUAAAAUUGGGGUGGUUUUUUUCGUUGUUCCUUUUUCAAUGGGGUGUAGGGGUAGAGUACUCAGCUUAUGCCCUAAAUAACAUGUAUAAAAACCCCUGAAGUAUUGUGUGGAUGUGUGUGUGAGUGUGUGUUUGUAUAUGUCUGGCGAUUAAAACUUUUGUCUUCUGGAAAUUAGUGAAUUCUUUUCUUCUUUUCCUCCAGAAGUAUUUGUUACAAGAUUUGUAAAUAAGAGCUCUACCUAGUUUGUUUACCAUGAACAUGUUGCAGCAAACUUUACGCAUCUAAUCCCUGCAAGAUUUAAGGAAAGACUUCCAGACUUGCCAGGUUAAGCAGCAGCCAAGUUCUCAGUAAUUGUUCACCUCCAUUCACCUUUCAGACUUCAUUUUGCCAGCUCUAAAACUCCCAGUCUUCCUUGAUUUUAGUUCUGAAUCUUUUACCUUCUGAGCAGGAAGGGUUAUUGAGAGGAACCUGUUUAACUGUAUUUCAUCAGUCCAUGGGCCGAGACGGGGGCAUCCCUUUCUUAAUACUGCAAUGUUGCUAUAGAUACAUGAUCAGACACCGGACGGUUGGGCAUUCUUGCAAUACCUUAACAGUGCUGAAAUCUGCAGCAUGGUACUAAGGAAGUUAAAGUUUGAAUGUAACCACUUUAUUUAAAAGAUUUUUUUUUUUAAUUUAAAUGAAAUGAGGUUGAAGUGAACAUGAUUUUGUUGACCAUGUUCGUGAAUUAUAGAUGCAACAUGCAUUGGUAGACUUGUGUGAUGGUCUUUUGUGAUCCUUAAUUUUUACAUAUCCCAGUCUCUGUAUGUAUCUGCAUAGACCAAGAAAAAACAAACUCCUGCUUUCUUUUAUUGAAGGGUCUCCAGGACUGCGUGUCUGCUCCUGAGCUCUGUUUUGAGUAUGUGUAUCCUUUGCUUGUAUUUUGUAUUAAAAAAUAAGAAAGAGAACCCUUUAUUGUUGAGCAUGUUGGCAUUGUCCCCUUUAUUUUUUUCUCUUUUUGGGACAUAUGAAGCAAGUUAUUCUUUUUCUGUAUCUUUUUUUUCUUUUGUAAACUUUUUUUUGUUUUGUUUAAAAAUGGCUUUAUAAAAGGGCUUUUAUAACCCA